AUGUGGAUCGACGCAACUUGUCGAGGGGACGGAUGGUUUCCUACCAAAAAUAGUGUGCUAUGCUCAAGACACUUCACAGAAGACAAUCUUCAUAUUAUGAAAAAACGUAGAAGGCUGUUGGAUUCCGCUAUACCAUCUCUAUACUUGCCAGUUUUGGCACCCAUCCCUACCAUAGGUUCAAGUGCAGAUAUUGCAGCUAAAAAUUCGGAAAUUCCUGUGGCCGGCACAUCCUUGAAAAAAACGAUUACUCAUAUCGAAUUCUUACACAACCUGGACGACAAGACCUACGAAGACCUGAUGAACGAGCUACCAAUAUUAAGACAAGUUUUCAUAGGAAAUAAAAUGAAGAAAAGCUUGCGACUGAACGCCACUGCAUUACCAUAUUUCCACCAAGAGAGCAAUCAGAAGCAAUCAGUUCCAACUAAGGCGCUUGCCUCCACCACCAGUUCAAAUUACGAUAACUCAUCAUUGAGAGGCAAAAUGACAUACAGGACACUUUGGCCCGCAAAGAAACGAAUUAAAAGACCGACUAGGUUUAUCGGGGAGAAAAUAUCUAGCGUGGAGUGGUUUAGUGGAGUUACACAAUACUGGUGGAUAACUUAUGCUCCUGUUAUAGGAUGCUACUGGUGUGGGCAUAAUGAAACUUUGUUGCCCUCAAGUACCCUGUGUCACGACAUGUUCGACUCCGACAACGGCCAAGCGCGAACUAUGGCGAGGUUCUUCCGUGCAAAAUGUCACCUUUACCCUUAUUACAGCCCUUACUUUCGACAAAUGCAGGGUCAUAGAUAUUACCCGUAUUAUAUGUUACACGAAUAUGACAACGGAUUGAAAACUUACAUGUUUGGUGACUAUAUAAAAGGAUGCUUUAAACGGUUCGUCGACGUAGGGCCGCUGUACACAUCACGCGGUUGUCGGCGCCACUAUGGGACAUUCAAUUCGUAUGCAAGAAACUUUGCUUCCCACAGAUUAAAGAAGUUGGAACUUAUAGCAAAAGGUCACUCGGAUAUUUGCGUACAUAGUCCUCUUGCAGCUCUCACACCGUUCAGUCGCUCGAUCUCCCUUUUCGUGCGCUACCACGUCUGCGUAUGCUCCACAAACUAUUGCAACACUGGAUGCGAAAAUUGUGUGACUUCUUUGUUAUUGCUAUUUCCUCUAUUAAUAAUAAAAUGA